UAAAUUUUCAAUGCCAUGGAAACUAAAGAAAUAAAUUAUAUUUAUGUUUACACUGAACAAAUGAAUCAGGUUGUUAAUGAGCUGGACUAUAACCAUUUUUCGAUCAAGAAAGCUUCUCAACUUGUGAUGGAACUUGGUGGGCAGGGUUUGAAGAUCCCAAUCAAAAUAAGCGAAGCCAUGAUGAGGAUGAUGGGGAGGAACCAAGAUUCAAAGACUCAGAUGAUUGAAUUAUGGCUAAUCAUAUGUGAGGAAUUUUUUUCUUUUCUUCUUUUACCUCAAUGCAUCAAAUCUUUGAAAACAAGAGAAUUGAUCUCUUUGAUGGGGGCACCAAAGGAUAUAGAUAAUGUCUUGGUACAUCUUUUUCACCAAUGUGCUAGUUUUCACUGAUGUGUCUACUACUCUUGUCAGCCUUACAUGCUAAAAUUAGAGUUAAUUAUGGGUUUAAAUUGUCAUACAACCCUAUGGAUCAUGCAUUUUUGUCGUAAUGAAAAGAUGCCAGAUUCAUAUACAUAACAGUGAGGUUGGUUUGGGUAGCUACUUUAGCUAUUGAGUUUGAUCUAAUGCUUAUUACAGAUGAAGUAACCAUGGAUGGCUGCUGUCUGUUGGUGCAAGUAACUAUUCAAAACCCUAAGAACUUGGCCAAUUUGAUGGCUUUAAUCUUUGUGGACAAUAUAUUGAUGAUUUUAUAGUUUUUUUUUUUUAAAAAAAAAAUUUGAGAAUUCUUUCUAUGCAAUGUAGUGAGUGCACAAUCACACAUAAAAAGUUAAGAUAGAAAUGAUAAUAUGAAAAGGCCACUGUCUCAUUGGCAUCGUGAAAUCAGUGUCACAGUAGCAUUGCAUGUCAUCUACCUCUUUGAUGGUUCCGAAAUUGUAAAAUGCUGCGUCUAAAGUACCAAUGCAUACUUUUUAAUUUAAUCUGGAAUCAUGCCAUGUUUGAUAUAUUUCAUAUCAUUAUAUGUUACUUCAAGUACAUUGUUGUUAAAUGUUUUUCAAAUAUGUUUCUUAAUUACCUAUCAAAAAAUUAUGAAGUAUUUUUAAUGCUAAGGCAGUGGCUAUAUGUU